AUGCUCGUGACUUACUAUCUCUUUAUCCUCUUCCUACUAAUCCCGACUUGCGAUGGUGACACCGUGAACAUGGGAGAGGUGGUUCUAGAAUACUACAACGAUUGUUUGCGUCAAUACGUGUCCAAGUAUUUUACCGUGAUUGAAGUCUUUACGUACAAAAAAGACGGCACUUACGUUGAGUAUAACGUGAAUUUGAUAGAGAAAACCGUUAAGGAGAAGAAACAGUUAGUUUUUUCUUGUUAAGGUUACGGUAGCUAUUGCUUGGGGGUUUAUGAUUUGUAAAGAAAGUUCUUGCCGUUUUAUGAUCGCCUUAUAUCCUAGCUAUAGUCCCAGUCCUAGUUUUAGCUCCAGCCUUAGCUCUAACACUAUUUUUUAACCAUAAUUCCUACAGUAUCGAAGUGUGUAUCUUAUGUUACAGUAAACUUCAAUUUCAGAUCUGAGUUGACAGACUCAGAAGCACACAAUUUGUUAAUGAACCCCAACAACCUGUCACCCGCUGGUGACAGCAUCAUCAUGGAGGACCACGUCGAUUUUAUUAAUCGCGAAAAGAAAACCGUCGUACAUCAUGAGUUUGAUAAGAAAGAGAUAAUUACAACGCCAUUCCGUGGCAGUGAUGCCUAUACCUACACGUUUCGUCCUGAUAACAACCGGCUUUACGCGUACAACGAUCAGGAGUGCUUCAAGACAAAAUUUUUUAAAAAGGUUUGAAAUUUAAAGAAUUUUAAAUUUAAGAAUAGCUGGAUCAACUUAAAAAUGAUUUUUUAAUAUUAGAAGUCGCGGAUUUUAAGCCUAAAUUAAUGUGGACAAUUUCAGAAAGACCCAUACUUAAUGAGAGAUAAAAAACCAUGCGAAAAGAGGACUAAAAUCAAAAAGGGACGAGUCGAUUACGAACUGGUAUGUUUUGUUCCUUUUUGAGUUCUUACCUAUUUUUCAAUUUUCUAAAACUUAAAAUUUUUUUUGUCUUUUUCGAUGUAAAACAAAUAUUAAGAUAAAACAUUCCUUACAUCAAAUUUUUGGUAUUCGAUGUUUUAAACAUUUGAUAUUUUAAACCUAUUUCAAUCAAAACCGGUGUUUUGCCGGACCGGGUUCGGUCCGGUCCGGAUUUUAAAAAAUUGUAAAAUUGAAAACAACUUUAGAGCUUAUGAUUUGAACUUUUAAAAAAAACCAAAAAAAAAAAUAACUUUUGUGAAGGUCCGUCUCAUACAAAUUCCUCGCUAAACAUUUGGACCGGUCGGACCGAAUCGGUCUUGCCGGUCCGGGUGGUCCAUUUCGGUAAUAACUUGAUAGCCAAAAACGGAUCUUCUCAAAAGUUAUUUAUUUUUUAAAACUUCGAACCAUAAGCUAAAAAGUUAUUUUCAAUUUUGCAAUUUUUGAAAAUCCGGACCGGUUCGGCAAAACACAGAUCAAACUCGGGAAAAUCACUGUCAAAAUCGGCCAAAAAGGCAAUUUAGACGAAAUGUCACAGAAAUUAUCGGAAAAAGGGGAACUGGACAGAAUUUGGUUUUUGAAGGAAAUGUGUCGCAAAAUUGAAGGUUUUUACGCGUUUUUGAUGUUAAGAUCGUUGUAAAAUUAACGUUUUAUAUUUUAAAAACAUAAAAUUGUAAUUUUUGUAAAGGAAAACGGUCACUUUUGACCAAUUUGGGCAAGGAUAAUAUAAGUUUCGGGAACGAACUUGGUUUUUGAAGGAAAGUGUCGCAAAGUUGAAUUUUUUACUGUCUUUGAUGUUUAUAUCAUUAAAUAUUUAAUCUUUUAGGUUGUAAGAACCUGGGUUUUAUCCUUUCCAAAUGAAAACUUUCUUUUUGAUCGAUUUGGCCGAACUUGCUCAUGAGUAAUAUAAGUUUCCGCGUUUUUGCGUUUCUUUGCCAUUUUAAAGCAAUUCUUUUCCAGUUUUUCUUGACGUACCUAACAAGGGAAUGUUCCAAAGCCUUAUGGGGUUCCAGGAAGAAGUAUCCGGUAACUUAUGUUCAGUUCAAACGACGACUGAAGACUGAUAGUGGACCGUAAGUUUGUGUUAGUUGUUUUUGUUGAGAUUUAGGUUAUAAUGGUGAAAGGAAUGGUGAUAUCCGGAAGAACUAAAUGCAGAUAAGAAUGUUCUUGAAGAACUUUCUUAUCUUUUGUUUCCUAACACAUAAUAUUUGGGGUUUGGUGCUUGAAAUUGUUUGAAGUUUGAAGCUUUUUGUUUUUAGAAGGGGCAAGGAUUGUAGGCAGCACAUUACAUAGUUUUUUACAUCAAAUAUUGGUUUUAUAGUUUGAUUUUUUGCUACUUUAUAUUGUUUUAGCUUCAAAUUUUGUUUUUGUUUAGAAUCAAGGUUUUAUCUUUGAGUAACACUUUUUUUAGUUUCUUCAUUUCAGAGGUAAUAAAACAUGGCGGAAUACGAUGAUUGGUUUGGUUGGAGCGGGGUUUUUUGCAGUUGCGAUGAUUGGUGUUGGUUGCUCUAUGGUUAGCGCUAAAAGGAAAGGAAAGAAGGUAAUAGUAUAUAAUUUUGUUGAAUUUUAGGCGGUUGAGGAUACGCUUUUGGCCAAAAUGUUGCUGGAACAGAUUUUUAUUUUUUUGGAACUGUAAACAAAGUUUUUGCUAUUUUUCGUUUUGUAAAGAAAGUUCUUGAAGUUUUAUGUUAUGUAAAGAAAGUUUUUGUUGUUUCAUGUUUUGUACAACUUUCCGGCCCGGUUUAUGGGCCUUGUGUUUCGAGGCUAAAAUUAUUGCCAUUUUAUGCCUUGUAAAGAAAGUUCUUGCUACAUAGAGUAUAAUUUUUUGAAUUUUAGAAGAAGGAGAAACUGAAAAAGGACAAAAGCAAGAUGAAGGAAAAGAGCAUAGAAGCGAAGCCCAAGAAGAAGAAAACCGUUAAAGUUGAAAAGAAGCCAACAGCAACAGCGUCAUCCAAAGACUCAGACAAGCAAAUGGAGCCUUCGUCGAUGCCACUUUCCAAUGCCAACAACGAUGACGACCCAAAUGUAUGUUUUAACGGCUCAAAUUCAAAAUUAAAUUUCGAGUAUUUAGGUAACGCUUCAAAUUCAAACGUUGUUUUAGGUAACAAUCCAAGACCUAUUGAAUGACGACGAAAUGAGAGCCAACCUGUUCGCUUUAAAUGAGGUGGAGAAUGUUGAAGCCGAGAUCCCGAACAAACCCAUGACCGCCCCACCUCAACCCCUCUCAGGAAUGUACACCCAGUUCAAGGAGGUCGGCGUGACAAUACCUGCAGGCACGUGCAAGGCCAUGUUUGGGCAAUACGAUUUUGAAAUGGGCGCAACCCCGAGCACUUUGUUUUAUGAGUACGAGAGUUGUGGCAUGAAUAGGAUUGAGGUAGGGUGAUUGAAGUUGUUGGUUUGUGGCUUUAGGUAAUAAAAAAUGGAUUUUGAAGAAGUUUUAUAAGUUUUAGGUAAUUAAAGAUGGUUAAAAUUGAAUUUUAGGUAACAUAAAGGUAAUUUUUGCUAAAAACAGAAUUUUGAGAGACAAAAAAGUGAGCUUUAACUUAAAAUAGAUUUUAGAAAGGUGAUUUUUAGUUAAAAAAUUGAGUUUUCAGGUAAUGAAAAGGUGAUUUCUAGCUAAAAAAUUGAAUUUUAGGUAACAUAAAUGUGAUUUUUAGCUAAAAAAUAGUAUUUUAGGUAACAAAAAAGGUGAUUUGUAGCUAAAAAGUUGAGUUUUUAGGUAACAUAGAUAUGAUUUUCGCUAAACAAACUGAAUUUUAGGUAACAAAAAGGAGAGUUUAAGCUAAAAAUAGACUUUAGAAGGGUGAUUUGUAGCUAAAAAAUUGAAUUUUAGUUAACGAAAAGGUGAUUUUGAGCUAGACAAGUGAGUUUUAGGUAAUGAAAAGCUCAUUUUAAGCUAAGAAAUGAUUUUUUAGGUAAUAAGAAAGUGAUAUUUUAGUAAAAUUGUGAAUGUUUCGGUAACAGUUAAUAAUUUUUUUUAAUUAUUGAUUUUCAGGCGAUGGCAGCAGUAAUGGUUGAGGCUGAAAAGAAGGGUAAACACGGAUGCAUACCCAAACUGAGGGGUACCAAAAUUGUCAAAGAAGGUAUCAAUAUCCGACUGCUUGUGACUGAUAGGGCAAGAAUCAAUUUUAAAAAAUUUUAAAAUUUGUACUAAAAUCUCUAUAUUAAUGUUUUUAGCUCGGCACAUCAAUAGAAGGCGACUGCAAGUCAGCAGCUCUCGAGUUUGAUGAUAAAAUUGACAUUUUCUUCCAAACCCUACUGUGCCUCGAGGACUUACAAAUCGCCCAUAUUGUUCAUCGCGACAUCAAGCCCGCAGCCUUCCGAUAUCAUCUGGACGGACCCAAAAUCUACCUAACUCUGUUGGGGCUGGCCCGAGUCAAACAGUACGAGAACCGAGAGCGGGUACCCUUCUUUGGCAACAUGACCUUCUGCUGUCCGAACGCUCAUCUGAAGAAGGAGCGAACGUUCGCGGACGACCUGAUAUCAUGGUUCUAUAUGGUGUGCUGGACAAUCGAUAAAAGGCUGUUGGGCUGGAUUGGAGUGGUUGAUGUAAGGAUAGGGUUGAUUUUUUUUUGGGCGGGGGGAGGGGUUUGAUAAAUUUUUUGAAGAGCUACUUCAGCUCUUACUUAUAUCCUUGCUUCAAGGAAGUCGCUGAAGAUUUUUUCUAGGUGGGCAGGCCAAAAAAAAUUCUUUAACUUUUAAAACAUAAAGAAAACGACCGGUAGUUUUGUAACAGAACUUUUGGCGCACCCUGUAUUAAGCCACCCCCUAGUUUAGCUUCUAUCGCUAAAUUAUUCUUAUACCAACAUUUUACUUACGAUAACAAGUAAUAUCUUGCUUUACAUUUUUUAGAAACGAGUCAUCUAUCAAAACAAGGUCGACAUGUUCAAUCCCAUCUUCUUCAAAUCACUGGUCGAUCGAACGGUUUUCAAACCGAAUGAGAACAAAUUUCUGAAAGAACUCCAGUCGGCUGUCGCACCACAAACCAAAGAAAUCUACGUCGAGUACCCAAAGGUUUUUGCGGUGAUAAAAAGGUACAAAACCGAGUCAACAAAACCGACCAAACCUUCGUCCGGCAGUGCUGCCACGAUAGGUGCAUAA